AUGGCUGGGAGGGGGAAGCUUAUCGAAGUGAUCAAAGAUGAGGACAGGGUGACGGGUUUCCUGCUGCGUGGCAUAGGGACGCUUAACAAGAACCGCCACCCCAAUUUCCUGGUGGUGGAGAAGGUUACAACCAUCAAUGAGAUCAAAGACACUUGCUGGCAUUUUCUAAACUGGGAUGACGUUGGCAUCAUCCUCAUCAACCAGUACAUCACAGAGAUGGUGCAGCACACCCUGGACGCCCACCAGCACUCCAUCCCAGCUGUCCUGGAGAUCCCCUCCAAAGAGCACCUGUAUGGUGCCACCAAGGACUUGAUCCUGUGCAGGGCCAGGGGCAUGUUCACUGCCGAAGUCCUGUGCUAGGGGACUCCUCACAGCCCUCAGCCCUUCCCUCGUUUCCAGGCCUCUCCCCAGGCUUGCCAUCAGCCUUCUUUACAUUUUGAGCCUCUGAUUUCCAAUUCCCUGCCCCUUCCCACUCCAUUGAGAGACUAGAUGAGGUGAUUCUAGGUUGCUGGGGCUCUGCUGUUAAAAUCAAGGCUGGUUAAGAAACAGGAAGCCCGACCAUCUCCUCUCUCCACUACCUCGCUCCUGUCCUGUUAAAUAGUGUCAUUGUUGAUGUUAAAGUCAUAUUCUUGCUUCUCUCCAAAAAAA